CGUUCGUUCGCCUGUCCGUCCGAUCACGCAGACGAGGCAGCGAGCCGCAGAAUUUCCGCGUCGUUGCGCCGCUGGACAAGGCAACGCGACGACGACGUGACUCGACGGAACGCCAACGCGAAACGACGCGAAGCGACGCGCGACCAGCGGCGUACGGUGACAGGCGCGAAUUGGGUUAUGUCGGUUUUGAUCGCGUUCAACGUAGCCGCGUUUCGCUCGCGCGCGCCUUCCGGACGCGCCAGCGUUGGCACGUCCCGCGCGUAGUUUUUUCCCUGUCGCGUCGUUCCGAGUAUCGCGGGUCAGAAUCGUCCGCCGUCGCGUGCACUGUCCCUGUCGGCCUGUUGUCAAAAUCAGCUGCCAUUGCUAAGCUUUGGCGCUCUCCGCUGUUCUUUAUUUUCGUUCGCCAUGCCAGCCUUCGCGUCGUGGAGUCUUCGUCGUUUCAUUACGAAGCUUGCUCGCGCUUCUCCCUUCAAAUAAUCCACGUCUCCAAAUUGUUCGCAAAUUUCGCGAUCUCCUUUCUGUAACUUUCCCUUCUUUCGUCGGGGGAGAUUCACCGGCGAUUUCAUCGCGGAAUUGAUUUUGACAUGAGUUAGUUGGAAUUGUGGUCAAAAUGCAGUGUCUGCGGUGUCUUACGUGAAUUCGCUGCGGACGGGUCUUUGUUCCGUCGAGAAAGAUCAGAUUUGUGGAACGCAAGUGAAUACCUUUGUGCUACCGUGUACCGAGUCCGUUGAAAACUUAACAAAAAAAUUGUCUCUAGAUCAAUAAAGCAAUUAUUAAAUAGCUACUUAUAAUUGCACUCAUUUGUAUUACCUGACAAUUGUGUGCUUCUGUGAAUAUUUUUAUUCAUGGUGCUAUAAGGUAUGUUGCAGGAGGCAAGUGCUCCCAUUUAUAUCCAGAACGUAGAGAGAAGAAAAUACCAAGAGCAAUCAAGCAGUAGAAAAAUCAUAGUGAGAGAAAAGUGGAUGGUGAAGUUAGUUAAGGACAGUAGAGAGAGCAAGGGUGAAAGAUAAGAACGAAACUGGUAAAUGCAGUGGCUGAAGAAACGAUGGACCCAUCAAUGUUUGUUGCAUACACUCCUCAAACAAACGGAGUUCCAUUGGAGUCCAAGCUUGCUACCUACAUGAAUCGCCAAAGUCCUGGCCUAGGACUGAACACGAGUUCUAUGACUAAACAUCUGUCCAAUCUUUCUCUGGACUCGCAAAAGAAGGUAACUGCCAGUCCCGAGUUUGUGCCAGGAAGAGGCCUUACAGGUAGCAAUAGCAGCUCGCCAAAUCUUUUUAACAACUCCUAUACGCACUCGCAAGAGAAUGUAGGUGGUACGACAUACUUUUAUCUCGGAAACGCCACUAGCGAUGCUGUCGGAGCUGAGGAUGGUACUGAAGCUAUCGGACCCGUGGCAACAGGACAGAUCGGCUACGUUUAUCCGGGUACACCGUCGCACUUGCAACCCGUGAAACCGGUGAAGCCACCGUCGUCCAAUAAUUCCUCCGCACCCUCCACACCACCUCCCCAAGCAACCCCGAGCUUCUUCGUCAGCGAGAGUUUACGACUGGACAUACUGCAGAAGAAUGCGCUGACGUUGGCGCAACCCGACGUAGUACGAUUUCCUGACUUGCCCACUGAGGUUGACAGUUAUCACGAACUGUGUCCUUUAGAGCCGAUUCACAAACCAGCCUCGACAGUCCUUGGGUAUCAAACAUCCACGUACAAGGCUACCAACAUCAAGACUGGCACGCGGUACUGUUUACGUCGCGUGCACGAUUUCCGACUUGCCAACACAAAAUGCAUGGUACUGGUCGACAUGUGGAAGCGACUGUCGCAUACGAAUCUUGUUCAGUUGAGGGAAGUCUUCACUACCAAGGCGUUUGGCGAUCAUUCCAUGGUUUUCGUAUACGAUUAUCAUCCCGCUUCGGAGACGUUGUUAAACAAGCACUUUGCAACAACGGAGCUUAACGGUUACACUGAUCCAUUCUCGUCGGAUCCGAAUGCGCCACGGCCUUACAGCCAUACCAAGAACACGAUUCUGAGGCAGCAACAUAGCAGUAUGCUGCCGGAGAGUGUUAUUUGGAGCUACAUCAUUCAACUCACUGCCGCAUUUCGUGUUAUUCAUGCCGCUGGUUUGGCAUACAGAUGCUUAGAUCCGACUAAGGUGUUGCUUACAUCACGGACGCGACUACGUUUGAGUUGCGUCGCCAUUCCGGACGUGGUCACUCUAGAUGGAAACACGACGAAUCAACUAAGUCUCAUUCCGCAUUAUCAGCAGGAGGAUUUAGUGGCGCUCGGCAAGCUGGUUCUAGCGCUGGCGUGUCGGAGUCUCAUCGCCGUCCACCGCGAUAAUAUGUCAGCCUCCAUCGAGUUGAUCACACGUUCCUAUUCGACGGACCUUCGAAAUCUUAUUCUAUACUUGCUGUCAAAUCAGCCCCGUAAAAGUGUCACGGAUCUUAUGCCGAUGAUCGGCGCGCGAUUCUACACGCAGCUGGAUGCCGCCCAGUUACGGUUAGACGUUCUGGAAAAUGAGCUUGCCAAGGAACUAGAGAACGGACGACUGUUUAAACUGCUUGUCAAACUGGCGACUAUCAAUGAGAGGCCAGAACUUAACAUGGAACCCACGUGGGCAGAGACGGGCGAUCGUUACAUGCUCAAAUUGUUUAGGGACUAUGUGUUUCAUCAAGUGACAACGGAUGGAAGGCCCUGGUUGGAUCUGGCGCAUGUCGUAGCUUGCUUCAAUAAGCUCGAUUCGGGUUCGCAGGAUAAGAUAUGUCUCAUGUCUCGGGACGAACAGAGCGUUCUAGUGGUAAGUUACGCGGAGCUACGACAAUGUCUGGAAACGUCGUUUGGAGAAUUGGUACAAUCUACUAAGGAUGCUGUCUAAGAGAGUGUCCUCGAUAGCGCAUACUCCGAACCAUAAAUGUGAUAUCACCACUUAGCGGUACUAUCAUUUUACUCUUUAUCGCGAUACUGGAAAGUGAGAGAAAACUGUCGGAUUGUGUCUGGUGAUAUAUGAGAAAUAACGCGCAACUCAGUUUUUGUAUACAUAAUUUUGCUCGUCGAAUCAAUUAUAGGUAUGAACGCAAGAGUAAAGUGCGUUGCAUUUAGGAUGUAAGACGUUGAACCUCCGGGUCUUUAAGUCAGAGGAUCUUUGGGUUUUCUUUUUUUGGAUUUUCCAGUUUCGAUCUCAGGAUCUUUAGAGAAUUGAAAAUUCUCAUAUAUUUUAUAUUCGAUAUUUCGUUCGAUUUUUCGAUUUCAGAGUCCUCGCAUAUAUCCUUGGUCUCUUUGCAUUUCGAGAAAUCUGUCGUAUGGAAUACUUCCAUAUCCUUCGAUCUUUUUGGGAGUCUUUUUUCUGUUUAUCCUUGGAUCUUUUCAAGUUUUGAUCUCUUGAAAGAGCUAGAAACGCGCGAAGGGUAUCAUGUGAUUUCGCGAAUCAACUAGGGUUUGAAUUCGCUCGUAAACCCAUUUACGGUACUAUACAAAAAUUGUACACAACUUAAUAAUGCAGUAAAUUCUUAAGGAAUCUUAAGACAACACCUAAACACGCUCGGUGUCUAGGAUAGAGACCUUAGUUUUUAGGAUACAGCAUUAAUGGUAAGCAUUAAUUUUGAAAUAAAUGUUUAUUUUUGAAAGCAAUCCUAA